GCCAUACAACUGCGCCACUCGUUUGGUAAAUACCUGAAAAAUUUAUUAGGAUUAGUCUAUAAAAAAGGAAAAUUUAGGUUUAAUUUUUCCAAAUGCAUAGCUUUCGAGAUUCACAGGAAGCCACUUGAAAUUGCGGGUGAAGCCCUGACCAUUUCAAUGAUGCUGUGGGCAUUAAUGCUAAUUUGUUAAAAGUGGAAGAAAAAAGGCUCAUAUCAUAAAGUAUUGUCCUGACCGCGAUAGGAACAAGCAACACACUUCAUGUUUUUUCAUCCAUGUCCACCCAUGACAUCUUAGAUGGACUUCCAUGUCAAAAUAAUAAUGCAUGCAAAAAUUUACUUUGCAAAUAAAGUAAUGAUGGGCGGAAUUGAAUGGAUGCAAAUGAUCUUUAAUACCUGAGAAAAAUUUACACAUGAGACGAUUCAGACUUAUACAGUCGGCUUGUUCUCGUAUCAUCAUGAGAAAUACCUUUGGCAGAAACUUGGAGAUUGUUAUGCGACGGAACUUCAUUUUGGGACUAUUUCUUGUGAACGUUCCACUUUUGUGCUACGUAUAUUACCGACUGAACCUGGUGAAUUAUGCUUGGUACAAUCAUUCGCAUAGGUCCAGGUUACAUUGUUCCACCCCUCGUAAUGACAUGAAGAAUUUGAUUAAGUUAGCAAAAGAUCUUCACUCGAUACUAGCUGCUCUGAAUGUUACACACUGGCUGGCAUAUGGCAGUUUGUGGGGAGCAUUGCGAUAUCAAGCACCAUUGCCAUGGGACACUGAUGUUGACCUUGGUGUUCAAAGGAAGGACAUAGAACAAGUGCCUAAAAAUCUGUUUCAUUAUUUUUUUUAUAGCAAAAACAUAAGUAUAUAUUAUUCAACAUGGGGCGGCUACUAUCGUGUAACCAGGAAUGGAGCCCGUGCAGAUCUCAUGUUAUUUGAUUAUUUUUCGAACAAUGGAUAUAUUGAAAGGGUUGGUCUGGAAUCCUACAUCUUUUAUGUGAAUUAUAAGAAAAUGCAUGCAUUUCCUUCCAGACUUGUACAAAAACCCUUGCCCAUGCUACCAUUUGCUGGCAGAGAUAUGCCAGUACCACGUGAUGGAUUAGAAGUUCAAAAGUAUCAUUAUCCAUAUGAUUGGUGGAAGGAGAGUAAGCCGAUUGGUUGUUGAAACCAUUGCCUGUUGAACUUUUGUGAAGGAGUUGCCUGAGAAGAAUUCUAUUAAAAUUCUGUCAUGGUCUGUUGGCAAUGUGUAGAGUUGUGUAAAGUGAAUUUAUCAUUUAGAUUAACUGAUUUCGAGAGUAAAAUUUUAUACACUUAAUGAAGAUUAGUUAGUCACCCAAUUAUACUUGAAAUUAUGUAAAAAUUCUAAUGUGAAAAUUUUUAGUGGAA